AUGCGCUUCCACCACUUAGUGCUACCCAUCGCAGCUAUGCUCGUCGCAAGCGCCCAAGCUGCCCCUACCGCCCACCAGAACCAAGUCCAAGGCGCGAUCGACAACAAGCAGUCCGGCCCCCGGUUUCUGAGGGUCGACAAGACUGCAGACGAUGAAGAGAGAGCGGGCGAAGUUUACCACCUGAGCAAGAGCGAGAAAAGUAUCGCCUUUGUGAAGACAUCAUCCCACAUUUUAUUCGACGCGCCGACGCGAACACCGCUACAAAGCUGCUGA